AUGUGCAUUGUAGUGAGAGGAAAGUCACAGGAAAGAGGUCUCAUAACGCUUAUAGGCGCCACUACGGAGAACCCGUCAUUUAGUUGCAACGCAGCGUUGCUCAGUCGGUGUCGUGUAGUGACCUUUGAGCAGUUAACACAAGAUGAACUACUGACCAUACUCAACCGCGCCUUGGACACCGCCAAUCCUAAAGUUGAGAAUGAUAGCACAACCACUGCAGCCGACACAUUGCAACAAGAAAUCGAUGCUCUCACAUACAUCGCAAACAUCGCCGAUGGUGAUGCUCGUAACGGUCUCAACAUGCUGGAGGUGAGCUUGACGUCACAAUCUGUGCGCAAGGAGGAUGCCACGGAUACCCCUGUGCAAUUGGAAGGUGUCACAAAAACCAAGCAAGCGAGAAUUACGGUGGAAACAGUACAAGCCGCAAUCCAGAAGACGCACUUUCUGUACGACCGCGCAGGAGAGGGUCACUAUAACACCAUCUCUGCGCUACACAAGUCUUUGAGAGGCAGCGAUGCCAAUGCAGGAAUAUACUGGCUCACGAGAAUGCUGGCGGCUGGUGAGGACCCCUUGUAUGUGGCAAGGCGACUAAUCAAAUUCGCAUCGGAAGAUGUAGGGAUUGCCGAUCCGCAGGCCUUGCCCCAGGCUAUAGCCGCUUAUGAUGCCUCCGCUAAGAUAGGGAUGCCUGAGUGUGGAGUGUGUUUGGCACAGUGUGUGGUGUAUUUAGCGGCCGCUCCAAAGUCGGUCAGUGUGUACAGAGCAUACAGCAUGGCACUGCAACUCAACAAAACAGCGCCUGCGUACCCAGUACCUUUUCACCUCCGAAACGCGCCCACGAAGCUAAUGAAGGACAUAGGAUACAAGAAAGGGUACUUGUACAACCCAGAUCACACAGAAGAGGAAUGUGCUGGCCAGACAUAUCUCCCUGACGAGCUCUUGGGCACACAAUUCUACAUACCCGACGAGCCCCCGGAUCCGGAACGAACAGUUUCAGAGCAGCAGGAAAAGAUCCGGGAUCAUAUUCAUUAA